AGUAACAACAUCAAAAGUUUCUAUCACAUUCUUUAUAGAAAGUAAGAUUUUUUAUUUUGUUUGAAGUUCAUAAAGAAUAAAACUGGUCAGAUUUAGAUAACAAAACAUCAUAAAGAAAAACCUAUUUUACUCGUUUUUCGUGGCUUUUGAAGAGACCACCAAAAAUAAUAAAAAUAUAACACGUUAUGUGUGUUUUAUUAGUCCCAUUCUGAACACACAGGUGUGUUUUAUUCUGCUCCAGCAGGUGGCGCUAGUGCACCUUUACGCUAGUCACGGACCCCGGAAGAAGCAGAACCCGGAAGCUGCAAGCAGAGCUAGCUUGUUGUUGUUGUGGUGUGUGAGGAGAAUGUUGAGUAAGGUUGAGAAUGUUUGAGGCUCUGCAGUAAAAAUGUCUUCACUUCAGUCUCUGGGAGAGUUGAUCAGCUAAAGCGACUAACUGCUGCUGCUGCAGAAAUCUUCUCACCAGGCUGUGGGAACUUUCUUCUCCUCCUCAACAACUUGGUGGAGUUCUUUCCAGAACCAGAGAAGAUAUUCUGCGGUCUUGGUGACAAUCGGAGCUCCAGAAUCAGGUUGUGGCUGUUAGCUAAACACGGCUAAAGAAUACCUGCUACCACUUCAGGAUCAUCCAUCAGCUGGGACUGAUUCAUCGUGUGUUCUUCACCACCUGGACCUGGACAGCAUGGACACAGGUGUGAAACAUCUGUAAACGCCAGAUCUGGUGCAGGAAAAUGGCUGAACAGGAAGUGGGGACACACUUUUCCUUCUGUGGUUAUUUUCAACAGGUGGUUCUGGUUAAAUAAGAAGCUUCAGAAGAACAGAGUGCUCGUGUCAACCACCAGCACCUAGAUUUUCUCCACAAAAAGGAGGAACAGGAGAAACUCUGGUCUAGUAUGGAGGGAGAGCAUCUCCAUUUGAAAAAGGAGACUGAUGCUGCCGGGUUUCAAUCCUUUAGCCAUAAAACACAUUUAAACAAACACACGAGAGUCCACACAAAGCAGAAACAUUUUGCCUGUGAGCACUGUGGACAAAGGUUUCACCAAAAGACUAAUUUAACCACACACAUGAGAGUCCACACGGGACAGAAGCCUUUUGCCUGUGAGCUCUGUGGAACGAGAUUUAGCCGAAAGACAACUUUAAACAUUCACAUGAGAGUCCACACAGGAGAGAAGCCCUUUCCUUGUGAGCUCUGUGGAACGAGAUUUAGCCAAAAGACACAUUUAAACAAUCACAUGAGAGUCCACACAGGAGAGAAGCCCUUUCCUUGUGAGCUCUGUGGAACGAGAUUUAGCCGAAAGACAACUUUAAACAUUCACAUGAGCGCCCACACAGGACAGAAGCCCUUUCCUUGUGAGCUCUGUGGAACGAGAUUUAGCCGAAAGACACAUUUAAACAAUCACAUGAGAGUCCACACAGGAGAGAAGCCCUUUCCUUGUGAGCUCUGUGGAACGAGAUUUAGCCGAAAGACAAAUUUAAACAGUCACAUGAGAGUCCACACAGGAGAGAAGCCCUUUCCUUGUGAGCUCUGUGGAACGAGAUUUAGCCGAAAGACAACUUUAAACAUUCACAUGAGAGCCCACACAGGACAGAAGCCUUUUGCCUGUGAGCUCUGUGAAAAGAAAUUUAGCUUAAAAUCAACUUUAAAUAGUCACAUGAGAGUCCACACAGAACAGAAGCCCUUUCCUUGUGAGCUCUGUGGAACGAGAUUUAGCCAAAAGACACAUUUAAACAAUCACAUGAGAGUCCACACAGGAGAGAAGCCCUUUCCUUGUGAGCUCUGUGGAAUGAGAUUUAGCCAAAAGACAACUUUAAACAUUCACACGAGAGCCCACACAGGACAGAAGCCCUUUUCUUGUGAGCUCUGUGGAACGAGAUUUAGCCGAAAGACACAUUUAAACAAUCACAUGAGAGUCCACACAGGAGAAAAGCCCUUUCCUUGUGAGGUCUGUGGAACGAGAUUUAGCCAAAAGACAAAUUUAAACAGUCACAUGAGCGUCCACACAGGAGAGAAGCCCUUUCCUUGCGAGCUCUGUGGAACGAGAUUUAGCCGAAAGACAACUUUAAACAUUCACAUGAGAGCCCACACAGGACAGAAGCCUUUUGCCUGUGAGCUCUGUGAAAAGAAAUUUAGCUUAAAAUCAACUUUAAAUAGUCACAUGAGAGUCCACACAGAACAGAAGCCCUUUCCUUGUGAGCUCUGUGGAACGAGAUUUAGCCAUAAGACAAAUUUAAACAGACACAUGAGAGUCCACACAGGACAGAAGCCCUUUCCUUGUGAGCUCUGUGGACAAAGAUUUACCUUAAAGUCAAAUUUAAACAGUCACAUGAGUGUCCACACAGGAGAGAAGCCCUUUCCUUGUGAGCUCUGUGGAACGAGAUUUAGCCGAAAGACACAUUUAAACAUUCACAUGAGAGCCCACACAGGACAGAAGCCUUUUGCCUGUGAGCUCUGUGAAAAGAAAUUUAGCUUAAAAUCAACUUUAAAUUGUCACAUGAGAGUCCACACAGGACAGAAGCCUUUUGCCUGUGAGCUCUGUGAAAAGAAAUUUAGCUUAAAAUCAACUUUAAAUAGUCACAUGAGAGUCCACACAGGACAGAAGCCCUUUCCUUGUGAGCUCUGUGGAACGAGAUUUAGCCAUAAGUCAAAUUUAAACAAACACAUGAGAGUCCACACAGGACAGAAGCCCUUUCCUUGUGAGCUCUGUAGAACGAGAUUUAGCCAAAAGACAACUUUAAACAGACACAUGAGAGUCCACACUGGCUUUUCGCCUGUGAGUUCGGUGGAAAAGAUUUAGCGAAAAGACAAAUUUAAACGGUCACAAAAGAGUCCAUAAAGGACCGAAGCCUUUUGCUUGUGAGCUCUGUGGAUGAAGAUUUUGCUGAAAGAAAACUUUAAACAAUCAUCUAAGCAUCCACUAGGGCUGAACGAUCUAUUGCAGGGGUCUCCAACCUUUUUUGGCCCGUGAGCUACUUUUACACAAUGAAAGUACAGCAGAGUUACUGCCAUAUGAUUUAUUUACAUUGAUACUUUCCAUUUGUGAAUGUGCUUUUGUUAAACAUGCUAUACUUACUAUAUUCACAUGCAUUGUACUCACAAGUUGAUUUCUCUGUAUUUCAGUACAUCAGUAUAUAUAUUUUUUAAAAGUAUAAGUAAACUAGUGACAUUCUGAAAACCAAAUAGAACAAAACAUAUUUAGUUUUUUUAACUAAUCAGAUACUUUCAGAUAAUGAACAACAAAUCUACUUCUUGUGAAUGAUUUGGUAAUUUUUUUAGAAGGUUAGUAACAUAAUUUUUUAAGCACACAGGAACAGUUAACCUGUAAAGCUGAUAUUUUAUAUAAAAUACAAGCUAAAUGUGAUGAAAACACAAAAGUCUAAAUAGUUUGAAUUGAAGUAAAAAAUGUAAAAUCAGAAAUAAGACUUGUUCCUGCUCUCCUGAUGUACUGAAUAAUUUUUAUGGGUUUUUUGGUCAUGAAAGUUAAGUUUUGCUGUGUUUAUUGCUGACAAUAUGAAGGUUGGAGGUUUAUCCUUUUUUUCUGCAUCUUGAAGGUUUUUUCUCCGCAGGCCUGAAGGCUGUGCGUUACACAGAGCAGAGAGACAGAGAGCAAGAGACCAGAACCAAAAGAAAUGAUCACAUCACACCAAUCUUAAAAUAUUUACAUUGGCUUUCAGUAGCUUACAGGAUUGAUUUCAAAGACCUUUUACUUACUUUUAAAUCAUUAAAUGGCCAACGACCUCUGUAUAUAGCAGAGAUGUUUGAAACCCAUCACCCUUCAAAAUCACUUAGGUCAGCAGAUAAAUCCCAACUGGUACAACCCAGAGCCCGCACCAAGCACGGAGAGGCUGCCUUUAGCUGCUAUGCGGUCCGUCUCUGGAACUGUCUUCCAAUAGACAUGAAGACCUCUCCCACCAUUUCCAUUUUUAAAUCCAGAUUAAAAACUAAACUUUUUCAUGAUGCCUUCCAUCAACCUAUCCUUGCAUCUGUGCUCUACCAGGUCUUUAUCUGUACUGUGUUGAAUUUAUUCUACAUGUAUUUUAUAUGUAUACCUAUUCUGUGCUGUUUUAUUGUGUAUUAUUGUGUAAUUAAAGUGAAUACUUGUAAUAAAGUGUAGUUAUUGUGUAAAGCAGUAUAUACUAGGAAUGAUGAAUAAAAAUAAAAACUAGAAUUGAACCUGAGUUCCAUCCAAUCCAGUUUAUUUCUAAAGCACUUUAAAAGACCCAGCACAGGAACAAAGUGUUGUACAGAAAGUACAUUAAAACAAUUGACUAGACAGAAAACAGCAAAGAUAAAUAAAACACAUGAUACAUAAAAUUAAACUAGCCCUAUAUUAAAAAAAUAAAAACUUGAAAAAACUUGAUAAAACCGCAUUUGAAUCACCUAAAACAGCUAAAAUAAAAAUAAAAAAUAGAAACCAACAUCUCACAAGGUAUUAAAAGCCAGGGUAAAGAGGUGUGUUUUCAGGAGUGCCUUAAAAACAGAUAAGGAACUGGCCUGUCUUAUCUCUAAAGGAAGUUCGUUCCAUGGUAAUAACAGUUUAAGUACUCAGAAACUAUACACUAACUUACUAAGUAAUUACCAUGUAAGUACUGAGUAAUUAGAGGACUGUAAAAGAAAGCGCUACCAAUAAUUGUACUUAACAUGCUUUUAUUUUUGUGUACUAUGUUCUGUGUCAAUAUUCUUAGAUUUUAUUUUACACAACAUGAUGUGACAUUUUUACUAUUUCAUUUCACUUGUGAUUGUUUUAACUACGUGAAGCACGUUGGGCUACCGUUGUGUGUAUGAAACGGGCUAUAUAAUAAACUUGACUUGAGAGUUCACAA